GUCCGCUUCCUGUCUCCUCCUGAAGUGUUUGUGUAGUUCGUGCGUGCGUGCGGCCCACCCGAGUUUUCGAGUGUCCGACUCCGGCUAUCCGGCAAGUGUCUCGACUUGCGCGACCAGCAGCUGACCGAAUGUGGCUUUAACCGGUCAGGGUCGACAGCGCCGUGUUUCCUUCCGAGCUCGAAGCCCUGAACAUGCGGACUGCCCCAUGGCGGCGUCCGCACUGGGUCUCGGCGCCGGUCAGAGCGCGGCGCAGCUAACGCGGACGCUCGAACGACUGCUGGAGGACGCCCAGCUCACCGGCGAGCUCAGGCUGAACGGACGCAAGCUCAGAGAACUGCCCAAGUGCACAGCCAAGUAUGAUCUUCGAGACACCGUGCACGCAGACCUGUCCAAGAACCGUCUGUACGAGCUUCCCCCGGAGGUGUGCCAGCUGUCGCUGCUGGAGCGCCUCGACUGCCACAAUAACCUGCUGCGGACGGUGCCCUCUUCUGUGAUCUCCAUGCAGUCCCUCACCUACCUCGACCUCAGCCGCAACCAGCUGAGCACGGUCCCGGCGGCCCUGUGCCAGCUGCCCAUCCAGGUGCUGAUCCUGUCCAACAACCGGCUGGUCUCCCUGCCCCAGGAGAUCGGGCUCAUGAAGUGCCUUAUGGAUCUGGACGCGUCGUGCAACGAGCUGUGCCUGCUGCCCCCCGGCAUUGGGGAGCUGUCCGGGCUGCGGUGCCUGCGGGUGCGCCGCAACCGGCUGGUCGAGCUGCCCGUGGAGCUGUGCGGCCUGCGCCUGUGGCGCCUGGACCUGGGCGCCAACCGGCUGGCUCGCCUGCCGCCCGCCCUGCGCCUCAUGACCUCCCUCCAAGAGCUGCUGCUCGACUGCAACCCCAUCGUGUCUCCCCCCGCCUUCCUGUGUACGCGGGGCAAGGUGCAUGUUUUCAAGUUCCUGGAGAUGGAGGCCAUCAAAGAAGACCGCAAGCGGGGAGCCUUACUCGACUCGGAGUUCCGCAAGGGGCCCAGGAGCAACCCCGGAAUGCUUGGGGAGCUUCGCCACCUGAAUGGGCAGCUGCCGGAGGCCAAGCGGUCCACCCUCGACUCUGGCUACAGCACGUCCGAUGGAGACCGGCGCUGGUCCCAGGACACGCCAGAGUCGGGUUGCGAGCCCGAGGAGGGGGGUCGGCUGGCGUUGCGUGCGGCCGAGGCGACCAAGGAACGGCGUCAGGAGCGGGAGCUGCAGCUGCACCGGCACCUCUCGGAAUCCUCCCCAGGGCGGCCCCGCACCCCGAGCACCCUGAGCCCCGGCUCGGAGGUAGACGCGGAGGAGGCCUUUGCCGGGGAACUGGCCCUGGAAGAAAUGGACGACACGAACCAGAAGAACGGCGACAGGGACGCUGCCGACACCGGCGGGGUUGGCCAUGUGCAGGGGAUCAGUUACAGGUGGCCACCAGCACCGCCGGAGAGCGGAGAGGGCCCCGGGGUUGCCCGCAAGGCAUACCCCCACAUCCAGACGUACAGGGAGUUCAAGGAGGCCCUUCGGCAACAGCGGUUGGGAGGUGGUCUGGGGCCAAGAAGGGGCUCGGAGGGGAGCGGCAACGGCAGCCUGCCUUCCUCCACCUGCUCCAGCCCCCCCGUGCCUGGCAACAACCACGUCACCCCUGAGGAGGAGUUCCGGGCGAGGCACGAGGCCAUUGUGCACCAGCAGCGGUUAGAGGCAGCCCUGGCCCAGCAGCGGCUGGAGCAGGACCGGCCAGCCUGGAGGCAGCCCCCGUGUCAGAGCGCCCCCAAGGUGGAGAGGGGUGCCGUGCGGGAGGCCCCGUCCCCUGGGAGGCCCAACGGGCUGACACCUCCAGCCGAGCGGGGGAAAGGCAGCCCCCGCACCCCUCCCCGCAGGGCUCUGGCCGUGGGGCCAGACCCCCACUUCACCAUCCGCAGGGGUCUGGAAAAGGCCCGGGAGGAGCAGGAGCUGUUGGACCAGCUGCGAUGGGUGAUUGAAAGCCGGCUGAAGGUGAGCUUGCCCCCGGAGCUGGGGCCCUCGCUGAUGGACGGUGUGGUGCUCUGCCACCUGGCCAACCAGGUGCGGCCACGCUCGGUUGCCAGCAUCCAUGUGCCGUCCCCCGCCGUGCCCAAGCUGACCAUGGCCAAGUGCAGACGCAACGUGGAGAACUUCCUCGGUGCCUGCCGUCAGCUGGGAGUACCCGAGGGAGACCUCUUCUUUUGGGAGGACUUGGUGCUUCGCUUAGACGCGGUGCGGGCGGCGCGGGCGACGGCCUCUCUGCUGCGGGGCUUUGGCCCGCCCGUGACCAGGGCCGACCGGCUGCUCGCGCCCGUGCUGCUGGGAGUCUUCGUGGCCACCUGCGUGACGCUGGCCAUCUGGUCUCCCUCCAGCCACGAGUCGGCCUCCUCCUUCUGCCUCGGCCUCAGCUUGGCCUUCUUCGUCUAUCUGUACGCCGGCCUUGCGGGAAUGCUGUAGCUCCUCUCGCCGUCUCCCGGGACUUUGGGAAUCUCUGUCGCCACUUGAGUGCCGUUCCUACUUGACGAGUACUGAGAGAAUGUUUUUUUUUAUAUGUAUCUUUGGGCACUACGAGAGCUGCAUCUCCUCGUGAUAGAGCCAUUUUUGUCUUCUUCCAAGAGCGCGUGCCUUAAGGUCUGCUCUCCGUGUUAUUGGGUUUGUUGUUGCUCAAGUGCCCCGCCGCCGAGCUACUUCCUUGAAUGGCUUUUGUCGAAUCGGCAAGCGGGACCGGGGGCAGCUUGUACUUCUCAUCGGACAUGCCGCCAUAGUAUCUCGAUACAUACAUGUGUCUUGGGCACCGUCGAUGCCAAAGAGAACAAAUAUUUUUGGUCAACGCGCACUGGCCGAUAGCGUUAAUCCGCAACUGGGAGUGAUUGAUUGACUGCUGUACCCUCGUGCAGCCUGUGAUACGAGAGAGGCUACGUGCUCGACAGAUUUAAUGGGGUAGAUAGAUAAGGCAGCCCAUCUGCCACCGUGCUAAGCAGCGCCGGAUAAUUAAUCAAUAUUUUACGAGAAGACACUUUUGCCCUUCGAGUCUUCGGCUGCAAGGCUGUCGUCGUUUUGAUGGCUCGAAUGAAAGACGAGGGGAGGCUUCCCGUAACACCGACUUUUCAGACCGGUUUUGGCUGUGCACCUUUUUGGCCUGCCCUAUCUUUUUUAAUAUUAUUUCUGGAAACUCUAGAAACUGCCCUUGACAUCUGAUGGAGAAGCUUUCAAGAUGAAACCAUAUUCCUAAUUUACCCUCUCUCUUUUAAAGGAAUGCUGCACUCCCAAAAACAGUUUUGUUAAACUUCCUGGCUAGGACAUGUGUAUGUAAAUAAGUGACAACUUCCCUGAAACAAAAUCUAAUUAAUGCAGUAUUCGUGCCGUAAGGCUCAGUUUGACGGAGCCAUACAAGUUGGCCCCCCACUCCACUUUUCUGACUUUCAACGUUUUUCAAUGUGCGGAGGAAACCCUUUGCAGUACGUGCAAACGGUUGCACCUGUCCCCUGUGCACCUUAACGCCAAUGGGAGGCCUUACAAAGUGGCUCCUGUUCCGACGUCACCCUGACGUCUAUAUACGAGCCACUUUCGAGCCAGCUUCGAUACAAACAUAAAUGUCGAUACAAACAUAAAUCUGUCUCAUGAGAUAAAUAUUGCGUUAAUAUCUGGACAGUUUUUACAACAAUGUUAUUUUGAGGGAGUUCAGUGUCCCUUUAAGAGUUUUUUUUUUCUUCAAUACUACGAAGUUUAAUUAGACAGGUCCUUAUUAUUAGGAACCAACUGUACUGCAUGAAAGAAUACGCAUUUUGAAUUUAAUGUGUCUAUUUUCCCCCUGAAAGGACUUUCAGCAAAGAUAUUUUUGUACAUGUUUCUAUAUCUUCUUUUAAGAGGCAGCAUGCAAAUAGUCUUUGUAUGCAUUUUGUGCUUGUAUUGGCUUGGCCAAGUUUCUUUUAGACAAGGUUCCUAUCGAGAAGUAGCUCAUUCUCUCGACCACCGAAGUCUCUUGCAUGGCAAGAUCCCACCGUGUUAGAAUUGUCUGUCAAGAAUACGUAGGACUGACUCAACGGUAGGACGACUGAAAAUCAAAAUGUCCUUUGCGCUCAUUCCCAUUUUUUAACUCUACAGCUGAUGCUCGAUCACCCGUUGUCAGACUGCUGGCAGAAACAGCAGGCUUUUGUCCAACUGUUGCAAACGGGAGGCUGGCUUUCCGUGAUGACAACGCAUGAAUGUCUCGCUCAGUAGUUAUACUACGGUAGCGUGUUGCUACAGUACUCGAAUACGGGGUAGUGCUGGGACUGACGUGGCAAUGGGAGCUCGUGAGACUGCAUGUGUGGACAACUAUCGCGGCGCUGCAGUCGUCACGAUAGUAGAAAGUUGCUGCAGCCCGCCGGCGAAUAUUGCAUCAAGCGUUCACCAUGCGCCUGUCGUGGCGCACGCGCACAACCAUACCACCCUACUAGCGAUGUACCGGCGUCAGCCCCUGUUGCGAUCUACACCACUGGCCUCACGUGAACCACUCGGGUCCCAACACUACCCCGUAUCCUAGUACACUGUAGUGUUGCUUCAACAAAAAGCUUGUGUUCAUUUAGUCUUACUGCUCUAGUCUUCUUUUACGCGUCGGAACAAGUAUGCUCGCAGAGCUUUGAUGGACGUUCUCUGGGUGUGCAGAAGCGCAGUAGCUCUGCAUUAGCAAUUAGGCUGCUCUCCGCAGUCAGGUUUGCACAAACAUGAUCUUAGCGUCCUUGCAGAUGAAUAGCAAAGUGGCUCAAAUGAGUUUACUCGUCUUUGCUUUGAAUUGCUCGAUGAUCUCUGCAUAUUGCCACCUCCUUAGUCAUGCUCAUUUUGAACUCAUCAUGUACAAGAGCUCUUGUUCCUCGAAAAUGUAUCAAAGAAGCAUUUGUAGAUGCAGCGCUAACUGAGAACAGGGAUUUUUAUUAUCCUAGACAAAAAUUAGCGAGAAAAUAUGUAUUGCAAACUGCCACUCACCUUUCUACAGUAAGAUUGUGGCAAACUACUUGGCAUCAUCUUUAGCCUUAAUAGAUUUUUGAGGAGUACUGCAGGGCAUUACUUAAUUUGUUGCACUAAGUAUAUUUUGAAGGGGCACAGAUUUUUUCAAAUGCAUUUAGUCUCUAAAAGCUUUUCUUCUGGUCAAGCUUGGUGCAUCUUCCCUAGUGGAUUUAUGCAGCUGCAGAUGCACGCACAACUAUACUCUGUUUCACCUUAUGAUGUACCGCAGGAAAGGCUACAAGCACGAGCUCCUUGCUCUGAAACACAUUUUGGUGUCACAAGCUCUCGUGACUUAAAAGCGGCUGCCAACGCUAUGAGCUCGCGCUUCUAGCCUUCGCUGUGGUACAACAUAAGGUGAAACGAAGUAUAGCUCCAGAUCUCGUGUUUUUCUGGGUUGGGAAGUGGCAAAGGAAUUAUGUUUGUGACACCUUCCAGAACCUUUUCUGAAAAACCGGCAUUCCAGGCUAUCAUUUAACCCAGAGACAACAGCUGAAGUGGGCUUCCCAUUUUGAAAAAAAAUUAUGCUGCACUUGUCUAAAAGGGCACAGAAAGGAAUCCCAAAUUAUUCCUGUAUUUUCAGCUUUCAUUCUACCUUUUAUUUUAUAUUGCUCCAGACUACGGAAGCAUUCCCCAAACAAUCUGGAUACUGGCGACAUUGUCCGACGAAGCGGCAAAAUUCUCUCCAAGGAUCCAACAAACUGCAUUCCUUUGUCAGAGUGAUGGGAAGCUUGAAAACUUUGAGUGCCACUUGUGAUAUUGUUUGUUUACUUUCUCCUCUCUACCUUUCUUUCUUAGUCUGUCAUUGAAGAUUAUAUACUUUAGUGAAUCAUGUUGCAUUUCAAGUCUAGCCUCUUAUUUUUCAAUGAAGCCCCGUGAUUUCUUUUUUUUCUGCAAUGAGAGUUUCGGAUGUGUUUCCUCGAGAGGGUGCAAACACAGAUCAUUGUGCAUCUCCUGGGCCACUGUGAAACCCCAGAGGCUGCGUGGCUUCUUGACUCGGGCAUUUUCUUAUCGGAGUCGCGAGAGAAGUCUCCUAUUUUGUCACAAACAUCGAAGGAGUUACUGUUACAAGAAGUGUGGCGUGAAAUAUGCGACCCCCGCAAGGUGAGGGGCUGUGGAGGGCGAUGGACGUGCCUAGUCAGGGCACGCUGGGGACGAGCAACUGAGCACCAGUGCGGGUUUUGAGGGAGUGUCUCUUUCAGCGCCCUAGAUGAAUUGCCAUAUCUAACCCACUCUGUGGAGUAUUUGGCACGUAAUAUAUUUAACUCGGAGAAGAUGGCUUCCCGAAAUAUUGAUCUAUUUUGCCCGCGUCGACUCGCUCUAACUACUUCGAAAUUUACUUUAUCUCUCUGGCCGCCUUAGAUUUCCACAUAUAUUAGAGUCGUUCGAGAGCAAUGCAGAGCUGUACUUGCGGCAUCCGAGGUAAAACAUAUCUGGUUACAAAGUAAGCUCUGUUUUGUCUACACUAACCUUUCGAUGUCCAGAAUUUUUCUAGUCAUUUCCGUGCAGAACUGACCAAACAAACGAAGCUUGCACAACUUAUCUGACUCGCAAACUCCAGUUGGUCUUCUCUACGCUUCGGUGCUCUUGGUUGUGCUGGAUCAAUUCCCUUCUCAUUCUUUGUUUUGGCCCGAUGCAUCUCAAAGAUCAAUGCUGCAAUACUAAUAUAAAGACUUCACCCGCCAGUUCUGUUACGUCGCCACCGCCAGCAGGCAUCCUGGAAACUGUAGUCUUCCUGUCUGUGCAACAACUUUGCUGCGGGUCUGCGCGAGCAAAGUGCGAGACUGCACAAACUUUCUUCUCCACACGCACUCUCCUCCUGGCGACUACAAUUAUGGUGGCUUCGACCCAAUUUUUUAGCGAGAUCGAUCUAUUGGAGGACGGGUCAUUUUUCUUUUGCGAGCUGGUAAUGCAUUGCCAUUAUUGUCCAAAAGUAUUUUUGCCCCUUAUGCAUUGCACACAGGGGUGUUUGCUUAUGUUUUCUUACGCUACAUUAUAAGUCGCCGAGACACCCGUGCUUCGUAUGUUGUGUGCAAAGCUACUUCUCAAUUGGUUACCAUGUUUCAUGUGAAGCAGGGAUGUCCUGGUGACCCUCAAUGAGAGCAGAUGUAAGCUCUCGUAACGUAAGAAAAUGGGGCUGUGUGAACGGGCCCCUAGUGUCAGUAUAGGCUCUCGACAUUACCAAAUAUUUGUGGAAACGCCUGUAGUGCAUCUUGUCAAGGUAUUCAGUAUUGUCGCAGUCUUUCAUGCUGCCUGUCCAGGUAUUCUUAAUUUAUAUUUCUCUGUCAAAUGUGAUUUUGCUUUCGUUGCGGACCUUUUGUCUUUAUCGCAGCCUCUGUUCCCAGCCAGACAUUGUUUGACCCGUGCUAACCACGACGGCCGUCCACGUGCGCGGGUGCAGAUUGUUACGCAAAAUGUUAGCCACCGUAACGCUGCUCGCCGCUCUGUCGCUUUCCUGUAUGUGUGCUGUUGGCAGUUACUGUUGCAUCAUUCGCUUCUAGGGUUUCCUUGGAAAUAUUUCACAUAUGUCUUUGUGGGAUGUGGACAGCGAGUUUGCAAAUGUUACAGUCUGCCUUCGAGAAGAAGAAAAGAUAUGCGCGGAGGUUUUUGAGAAAGUUUAUUUUUUUUGGGAGGGGACAGUAGGUGACAAUGAGGUGAUUGUGUCUUUCCAGUACCUUUGCUUGUAGUUUUCUAUGUCAUGUUUUAUGAGGUGCGCACAAGACCAUGCACAUUCAGCGUUGGCAAGUUUCCAGUUUAUAGUUUGCAUUUAUUGAAUGAUAAAGCGAUAUAUACAGCAAGGGCCAAAGGGAUCUAACCCACCACUAAAAUAAAUCUCGUAAUCAGUUUGGAAUGUUUCGACACUAAUUUGCCACAGAAGUCUGGCUAGGUGGUGCAUUUGUCUGGGGGAAAAUAUUGUAGUAAAACUUGUCGUGUGGUUCGUAGAAAAAUUAUAUUUUUAUUUGUAACUUUUAAUAGAGGCAAGUUUGCUCUUUGAUGGGGCAAGCAAAGCAGGUUUUUGAGAUUUUUUUUGGAGCGGGUUAAAUCCAUUUGGCCCCUCGCUGUAGAUAAAUGGCCAAUUUCUCUGGCAUUUAUCUUUCUCCGGACAUGUCGAUGUGGAUGCAGUGAUAUUGUCGUUACUGUUAAAAACAAAGGCUUGUCUAGGAACCAAUUACUUAUUGUGAUCUCAAUGCUAAUGCCCUUGUAGACAAAGUGCUGCUAAAUAAAGUACAUUA